AUGAAUCCCACUUCCAAAUACAUCAUCACCCACAGCUUCUGGCGUCACCAUUACGAGGUCAGCACACCGAACAAAACCCACCUGUUUCAUGUUGCCAAUUCCAGCAUGACGCCCGGUAAACCGGACCUUACUUUUCACGCGAGCACCGACAGCAACGGGCCUAUUGCGGGGGUCUGCAAGUUCCGACAUUUCUCCUCGGACUCAGAGAUCGGCCUUGGCAGCCCAUCUUUGCCAGGUCGCAUGGAGUGGGAGUAUCUGCACAAGCAGGGUUUUACGAAACGCCAAUUCUGGUUCCGCAUGCGCCUAGAGGAUGGCAGCAAGCAAACCUUCACUUGGAAACGAACUCACUCGCUUGGCAGUGGCUAUGAAAACUAUAAACUGGUCGAGGAGGGGAGCAAUAAUGUCGUCGCGGUCUUUUCGUCCGGGAGUGCGUUUUCUAAAACGACGGGUUCCUUGGACGUUUAUUGGGGCCUCGGUCAACGCUUUAAUCUGAUGGCGCUCAUGUCGGGACUCACGGUGGUUGAGCGGGCCAGGAGAGCAAGGACCAGCGCGGCUGCAAGCGCUGGUGGGGGGAGCCGGGGCUGCUGCCGGCGGGGGAGGGGGUUGUUAAGCCAAGACCUGGGAGUUUCAUGGCGCUUUGUACAACAUUUUGACACAUUUAUUGUUCGUUUCCAGCGAAUUUACGAUUUUAAGAGCCGAGAGAACCCCAGAAGGUGUUUUGGUAAUUUGUGA